AGUACGUAGGGGCUGGCUAGCCGCCAUCUUGCUUCUUUUUCUCUCUCGCUCGCUCGCUCCCUCUCGGGAAGCUGCGAAAGUGCUUUGGCGGUUUGUCCAUCGGCAGCUUCGGCUUUUCCAGUCCGGUGGCCCUUCCGGCCACCCCUUUAACCCCAGCUUUCCCUCCCCCUUCUUUCGAUCAGAGAUCGGCGGAGACCCUAGAAGUGCGCAAACUUGACACUCACCCUGACCGGACUGGGGUUUUAAAGGGUGUGACAGGAGGUUUUGGACUCGAUGAGUUUCCACCGAAAUGUCGGAGAAGUCAGGCCAGAGCACAAAAGCAAAGGAUGGGAAAAAGUAUGCAACACUCAGUUUAUUUAAUACUUACAAGGGGAAAUCAUUAGAAACACAGAAAACCACAGUUGCAGCUCGACAUGGAUUACAGAGUCUUGGAAAAGUCGGUAUUUCACGACGUAUGCCUCCACCUGCUAACCUCCCGAGUCUUAAAGCAGAAAACAAAGGCAAUGAUCCUAAUGUAAAUAUUGUACCUAAAGAUGGCACAGGGUGGGCAUCAAAACAAGAGCAACAUGAAGAAGAAAAAACACCAGAAGUGCCACCAGCACAGCCAAAACCUGGGGUUGCAGCUCCCCCAGAAGUAGCACCUGCUCCCAAAUCAUGGGCCAGUAACAAGCAAGGUGGGCAAGGAGAUGGAAUCCAAGUGAAUAGUCAGUUUCAGCAAGAAUUUCCCAGCCUGCAGGCAGCUGGGGAUCAGGAAAAAAAAGAAAAGGAAACAAAUGAUGACAACUAUGGACCUGGACCCAGUUUACGCCCACCAAAUGUUGCUUGUUGGAGAGAUGGUGGUAAGGCUGCUGGCUCACCUUCGUCAUCUGAUCAAGAUGAAAAGCUCCCUGGCCAGGAUGAAAGCAUAGCUGGAACAUCAGAGCAAAAUGAUAUCCUCAAAGUGGUAGAAAAGAGGAUAGCUUGUGGUCCUCCACAGGCUAAACUGAAUGGACAGCAGGCUGCUCUCGCUUCCCAGUAUAGAGCUAUGAUGCCUCCUUAUAUGUUUCAGCAGUAUCCAAGGAUGACAUAUCCUCCUCUACAUGGUCCCAUGAGAUUCCCACCUUCUUUAUCUGAAGGAAACAAAGGCCUCCGAGGAAGAGGCCCACCUCCUUCAUGGGCCUCAGAGCCUGAACGCCCAUCCAUUCUUAGUGCAUCAGAACUGAAGGAGCUUGAUAAAUUUGAUAACCUAGAUGCUGAAGCUGAUGAGGGUUGGGCAGGUGCUCAGAUGGAAGUAGAUUAUACAGAGCAACUGAAUUUCAGUGAUGAUGAUGAACAAGGAAGUAACAGUCCUAAAGAGAAUAACAGUGAGGAUCAAGGUUCGAAAGCCUCUGAAAACAAUGGAAACGAAAAAGAAGCAGAUGAAGUUUCCAAUGCUAAAUCAUCUUCUCAAAUACCUGCCCAACCAUCAGUAGCAAAAGUUCCCUUUGGGAAAGGACCUUCAUUUAAUCAGGAACGUGGAACGUCUUCACAUCUGCCACCACCUCCAAAGUUGCUUGCACAGCAGCAUCCACCUCCAGAUCGACAGGCAGUACCUGGAAGACCGGGCCCCUUUCCCUCCAAGCAGCAAGUAGCUGAUGAAGAUGAAAUAUGGAAGCAAAGACGAAGACAACAGUCAGAAAUUUCUGCAGCAGUAGAACGUGCUCGUAAACGGCGUGAAGAGGAAGAGCGAAGAAUGGAAGAACAAAGGAAGGCGGCUUGUGCAGAGAAACUGAAACGAUUGGAUGAGAAGCUUGGCAUCCUGGAAAAACAACCAUCUCCAGAGGAAAUUAGGGAAAGGGAGCGAGAAAAAGAACGGGAGCGUGAGAAAGAACUUGAAAAAGAACAAGAACAGGAACGAGAGAAGGAGAGGGAAAAAGAGAGGGAGAGACAGCAGGAAAAGGAGAAAGAGCUGGAGAAGGAGCAGGAAAAACAAAGAGAAAUGGAGAAAGAAAGAAAGCAAGAAAAAGAAAAAGAACUAGAACGGCAGAAAGAAAAGGAAAAAGAACUACAAAAGAUGAAAGAACAAGAAAAGGAAUGUGAGCUGGAGAAGGAAAGGGAGAAAUUAGAGGAGAAAAUUGAACCCAGAGAACCUAAUUUGGAGCCCAUGGUAGAAAAACAAGAAAGUGAAAACAACUGUAAUAAAGAGGAGGAACCCGUUUUCACUAGACAAGACAGCAAUCGCAGUGAAAAGGAAGCCACACCAGUGGUUCAUGAAACAGAACCAGAAUCAGGGUCUCAGCCUCGGCCGGCUGUAUUAUCUGGCUAUUUCAAACAGUUUCAGAAGUCUUUACCUCCACGAUUCCAGCGGCAGCAGGAACAGAUGAAACAGCAGCAGUGGCAGCAGCAGCAACAGCAAGGUGUACUUCCACAGACUGUUCCUUCACAACCAUCCAGUAGUUCUGUCCCUCCUCCACCACACAGACCUCUUUAUCAGCCUAUGCAGCCUCAUCCUCAGCAUUUGGCUUCUAUGGGUUUUGAUCCAAGGUGGCUCAUGAUGCAGUCCUACAUGGAUCCUCGAAUGAUGUCAGGCAGACCUGCUAUGGAUAUUCCACCCAUUCAUCCUGGAAUGAUUCCUCCUAAACCGUUAAUGAGAAGAGACCAGAUGGAAGGGUCACCAAACAGUUCUGAGUCAUUUGAGCAUAUAGCUCGAUCUGCAAGAGAUCAUGCAAUUUCUCUUUCUGAGCCUCGUAUGCUGUGGGGGUCAGAUCCCUAUCCUCAUGCUGAGCCUCAACAAGCAACUACUCCCAAAGCAACAGAAGAGCCUGAGGAUGUAAGGUCUGAAGCUGCGUUGGACCAGGAACAGAUUACUGCUGCUUAUUCUGUAGAACAUAAUCAAUUAGAGGCCCAUCCAAAGGCAGACUUUGUCAGAGAAUCAAGUGAGGCAGAAGUACAAAAGUUUUUAAGCAGAUCUGUGGAAGAUGUUAGACCUCACCAUACUGAUGCAAAUAAUCAAUCUGCUUGUUUUGAAGCACCUGAUCAAAAGACCUUACCCACUCCACAAGAGGAGCGGAUUUCAGCUGUAGAAAGUCAGCCUUCCCGGAAAAGGAGUGUUUCCCAUGGAUCUAACCAUAUGCAAAAACCAGAUGAGCAGAGAAGUGAACCAUCUGCAGGCAUUCCUAAAGUAACCAGCAGAUGCAUGGAUUCAAAAGAACCAACAGAAAGGCCAGAGGAGAAACCAAAAAAGGAAGGCUUUAUACGAUCUUCCGAAGGACCAAAACCUGAAAAAGUAUAUAAAUCUAAAUCAGAAACUCGUUGGGGCCCACGACCAAGCUCCAACAGAAGGGAAGAAGGUAAUGAUAGACCUGUGAGAAGAUCAGGUCCCAUUAAAAAACCUGUACUUAGAGAUAUGAAAGAGGAACGGGAACAGAGGAAGGAGAAAGAAGGAGAAAAGACCGAAAAGGUGACUGAAAAAGUAGUUAUAAAGCCUGAAAAGACAGAAAAGAAGGAUCUUCCUCCUCCCCCACCACCACCUCAGCCACCAGGACCGAUUCAGCCACAGUCAGUUCCACCACCAAUUCAACCAGAAGCAGAGAAAUUUCCUUCAACAGAAACUGCAACUUUGGCUCAAAAACCAUCUCAGGAUACUGAGAAGUCUCUGGAACCUGUGAGUACUGUUCAGGUAGAGCCUGCAGUUAAGACUGUAAACCAACAGCCUGUGGCAGCACCAAUAGUCAAAGAAGAAAAACAACCUGAGAAAGUCAUCAGCAAAGACCUUGUUAUGGAGAGGCCUCGACCAGAUUCAAGACCAGCAAUUAAAAAAGAAUCAACUUUACCUCCCAGGACCUACUGGAAAGAAGCUAGAGAUAGAGAUUGGUUUCCAGAUCAAGGAUACAGAGGUCGAGGCCGAGGUGAAUAUUACUCCAGAGGUCGAAGCUAUAGAGGUUCUUAUGGAGGGCGUGGCAGGGGUGGUAGGGGACACACUCGAGAUUAUCCUCAGUAUAGAGACAAUAAGCCAAGAGCAGAGCAUGUACCCUCAGGGCCUCUCAGACAGCGAGAAGAAAGUGAAACACGGAGUGAGAGCUCCGAUUUUGAAGUUGUCCCCAAAAGAAGACGACAGCGGGGUUCAGAGACUGACACAGACAGUGAAAUUCAUGAAAGUGCAAGUGACAAGGAUAGUUUAAGUAAAGGCAAACUUCCCAAAAGAGAGGAACGGCCUGAAAACAAAAAACCUAUGAAGCCUCAAUCUUCUUUCAAGCCUGAUAGUCAUGUUCGAAUAGAUAAUAGACUGCUAGAAAAGCCUUAUGUAAGGGAUGACGAUAAAUCUAAACCAGGCUUUCUUCCUAAAGGAGAGCCUACAAGGAGAGGCAGAGGGGGAACAUUCAGGCGUGGUGGGAGGGAUCCUGGAGGCCGUCCAUCACGCCCUUCCACUUUACGAAGACCAGCUUAUCGGGACAAUCAGUGGAACCCAAGGCAGUCAGAACUUCCUAAACCAGAAGAUGGAGAGCCACCAAGAAGACACGAGCAGUUUAUUCCUAUAGCAGCAGAUAAACGACCUCCAAAAUUUGAGCGAAAAUUUGACCCAGCUAGAGAAAGGCCUCGAAGGCAGCGUCCUACCCGACCACCAAGGCAAGACAAACCACCUCGAUUUAGACGGCUAAGAGAGAGGGAGGCUGCUUCAAAAUCAAAUGAGGUGGUAGCAGUGCCCACAAAUGGCACAGUUAAUAAUGUGGCUCAAGAACCAGUUAAUACGAUUGGGGAUAUUUCUGGGAAUAAGACACCAGAUUUAUCUAAUCAGAACUCUUCAGAUCAGGCAAAUGAAGAAUGGGAAACAGCUUCUGAAAGCAGUGAUUUCAAUGAGAGGCGAGAGAGGGAUGAAAAAAAAAAUGCUGACUUGAAUGCACAAACAGUUGUAAAGAUUGGAGAGAAUGUUUUACCGCCAAAGAGGGAAAUUGCAAAGAGAAGUUUUUCAAGUCAGAGACCAGUAGAUCGUCAGAAUCGACGUGGCAACAAUGGUCCACCCAAAUCAGGAAGGAAUUUCUCAGGUCCUAGAAAUGAAAGGAGAAGUGGUCCACCAUCAAAAAGUGGGAAGAGAGGGCCAUUUGAUGACCAGCCUGCAGGCACAACUGGGGUUGACCUCGUCAAUGGCAGCUCUGCACACCAUCAGGAAGGAGUACCCAAUGGUACAGGACAAAAGAACUCCAAAGAUUCUACUGGGAAAAAAAGAGAAGACCCCAAACCAGGUCCUAAAAAACCUAAAGAGAAAGUGGAUGCUCUGUCUCAGUUUGAUCUCAACAAUUAUGCAAGUGUUGUUAUAAUUGAUGAUCAUCCUGAAGUAACAGUAAUUGAAGAUCCCCAGUCAAAUUUGAAUGAUGAUGGUUUUACUGAAGUGGUAUCCAAAAAACAACAAAAACGUUUACAGGAUGAAGAACGCCGAAAGAAGGAAGAACAAGUCAUACAGGUCUGGAACAAAAAGAAUGCAAAUGAAAAAGGAAGAAGCCAGACUUCUAAGCUUCCUCCAAGAUUUGCCAAAAAACAGGCUACAGGAAUCCAGCAAGCACAGUCUUCAGCCUCAGUUCCACCUCUAGUUUCGGCUCCACUUCCACCUUCAACCUCAGCCUCAGUUCCAGCCUCAACCUCAGCUGCAGUUCCAGCAAACUUAACUCCAGUUCUAGCCUCAACCUCAGCUCCAGUUCCGGCCUCAACUUUAGUUCCAGUUCUGGCCUCAACCUCAGCUCCAGUUCCAGCCUCACCCUUAGCUCCAGUUUCAGCCUCAGCCUCAGUCUCAGCUUCAGUUCCAGCCUCUACUUCAGCUGUAGCUAUAACCUCUUCUUCAGCUCCAGCCUCAGCCCCAGCUCCAACCCCCAUCCUUGCCUCAGUUUCAACUCCAGCUUCUGUCCCCAUUCUUGCCUCAGCCUCAAUUCCCAUUCUUGCUUCGGCCCUAGCAACAACUUCAGCUCCAACACCAGCCCCAGCAGCCUCUUCCCCAGCUGCCCCAGUCAUCGCAGCACCAACUAUCCCAGCCUCAGCCCCAACUGCCUCAGUCCCACUUGCCCCUGCCUCAGCCCCAGCCCCAGCCACCACCCCAGUCUCAGCCCCAACUUCCGCCCCGCCUGCUCCAGCCCAGACUCAGACACAGACCCACAAACCAGUCCAGAAUCCGCUACAGACUCCAUCACAGUCUUCAAAACAGCCGCCACCAUCAAUUAGGCUGCCUUCAGCUCAAACACCUAAUGGCACAGAUUACGUAGCCUCAGGAAAAUCCAUCCAGACCCCACAGUCACAUGGCACUCUGACAGCUGAAUUAUGGGAUAACAAGGUGGCCCCACCAGCUGUGCUGAAUGAUAUCUCUAAGAAAUUAGAUCCCAUUAGUCCACCACAGCCACCUUCAGUCAGUGCAUGGAAUAAGCCCUUAACAUCGUUUGGAUCAGCUGCUUCAUCAGAGGUAGGAAUAGGCUUUUAACAGCAUUGGUGGGGUCAGCGUGCUGGGUUUUCCCUAACACUUCAGUGUGGCCGGGUGUGGUGGCUUAUACCUGUAAUCCUAGCAUGGUGGGAAGAUUGCUUGAGUCCAGGAGUUUGAGACCAGCCUGGGCAACAUAGUGAGACCCCCCUGGGCAAUGUAGGAAAACUCUGUCUCUACAUACAAAACAAAAAAUCGCCGGUUGUGGUGGCAUGUGCUUUUGUAGUCUAAGCUACUCUGGAGAUGAGGUUGGACUAUCACUUGAGCCUGGGAGGUCAAGGCUACAGUAAAGUCAUAACUGUGCCACUGUACUCCAGCCUAGGUGAUAGAGCAAGACCCCAUCUGAAAAGCAAAACAAAACUUAUAACAUGCCUCAGAAUUAACCUGGAGGGCAAUUAAAACUUAAGAUUGCUGAGCCCCAUGCCCAUAGUUCAUGACUUAUUAGGUCUGGGUUGAGGUUUGAAUACUUUGGGGUGCUACAUCU